CUAAGCUUUUCAGGUGCAAGAUCUAAGAAAAUAUUUGUUAUUACUACAAAAUAUAAGCGGAAGAUUGCAGCGAUUAUAGUACGAAAUAACACAAACAUAUUAACAGUCAGGCGGUUGCGAUGGCACGAUAUGGGGCCAUGGCGCUGACGCUGGACAAGUUUGAAUGUGGAGGUGAACCGACUUCUUUGGGAAUCCGAUGGGAACGUUGGAAGAGGGCACUCCGAAUAUAUAUAGAUGCAGCUGGCAUAGAAAAAAGUGAAAAGAAGAGAGCCAGUCUUCUUCAUUUUGGGGGACAAGAAUUGCAGGAGAUUUUCUACAAUAUCCCAGAUCCAGAUAUAGAAGAUGGAGGACCUAGAAGAGAUGUCUUUGAAAUUGCAUUAUCAAAGCUAGACUCUUACUUCUCACCGAAACAAAGUAAAGUGUAUGAACGACAUUUAUUCAGACAAUUGAAACAAGAAAUUAACGAAAAAUUUGAGAAAUUUUUAGUACGACUAAGACAGCAGGCAGUCAAGUGCCAAUUCCAUAAUGAGGACGAGAACAUAAUAGACCAAAUUAUUGAAAAGGGUUCCUCCAGCGAAUUGAGAAAGAAGAUUUUACGCGCAGGAGACGACAUGACUUUAGAAAAGAUAAUCAUGGAGGCGAAUUCUUUGGAAGCCGUUAACAGGCAACUGGAAGAUUUUGAAGACAAAGCGGCAAGCAAGGAAGGAGUAAAUAGAAUAAGUACAAAGCAAAAUAAUAACAAUGUGAAGAAAUUUAAAGAACCAUGUCAACGAUGCGGAAGCCGUUCUCAUGUAAAAUGCCCGGCAAUUGAUAAAGAAUGUUUUAGAUGUAAACGUAUAGGCCAUUUCCAGCAAAUGUGCCGUAAAAGAAAAAAUCCUGACGAUAGGAGUUUCAACACUAAAAAAUUCAAAAGUAAUAAAGAAUCUCAGGACAUUAACCAAAUGACUUCACAAGUAACAGAAGAAAUACAAUAUGUCUUCAAUAUUGACAGUGAUGAUACUAUUGAAUGUGAAGUUGGAGGAGUCAAAAUAAAUAUGUUGAUUGAUUCUGGCUCCAGAAGAAAUUUGAUAACUGAAGAAACCUGGGUAGAAAUGAAAAGUAGUAAAGUACUGAUUUAUGACCAAAACAAUGAUAUGGAUAAGAUAUUUGUACCUUAUGGGAGUACAACUCCACUACCCUUACAAGGCACAUUUAAAGCAAAAAUAAGAGUUGGAAAUCAAACUCAAGAGGCUACUUUCUAUGUUAUUACUAAGGGCACAAGAGACCUUUUAGGCAGGGAUACAGCAAAACAGUUGGGUGUCCUUAAAUUAGGCUUACAAAUCAACCAAGUCCAAGAAGAAACAUUUCCUAAAAUAAAAAAUGUUGUGAUACAUAUACCCAUAGAUGAUACAGUCCCACCUGUAUCACAGCCACUCAGAAGGAUUCCUAUACCAUUGGAAAAGAAAGUUGAAGAAAAGUUAGAAGAACUAAUUAAGAGAGAUAUAAUAGAAGAGGUCUCAGGCUCAUCUAAAUGGGUAUCUCCAAUCGUACCAAUUUUAAAGGAAAAUGGAGACCUUCGAUUAUGCGUAGACAUGAGAAGGGCAAAUGCUGCCAUAAUGAGAGAAAAUCAUCCCUUGCCUACAAUGGAUAAGUUACUACCCCAAGUACGCGACGCCAAGUACUUUAGCAAGUUGGACAUCAGAGAUGCUUUUCACCAAUUAGAACUACACCCAGAUUCCAGACAUAUAACAACAUUCAUUACCGGCCAAGGCAUGUACAGGUACAAACGUUUGAUGUUCGGAAUUACCUGCGCCCCGGAGAUUUUUCAAAAAACAAUAGAGAAACUGUUACUUGGCUGUGAAGGGGUCAUAAAUUUUAUGGAUGACAUAUUGGUUUAUGGAAGAGACAAAGAAGAGCAUGACGCAAGACUCCAGCAAGUUAUAUCCGUGUUAAAUGAUAACAAUGUAGUAUUAAAACAAGAAAAAUGUAUAAUCGGAGUCACUAAAGUACACUUUUUAGGACAUGAACUAUCAGCGGAGGGUGUAAGGCCGUUGCAAAAGUAUUUAUCGGCGAUUCAGCAGUUCAGGGCACCUAAAACUGUUGCUGAAUUACAGAGCUUCAUGGGUUUGGUGAACUACGUUGGCAGGUGGAUACCCAACCUGUCAACUGUGACAGAGCCUAUGAAAGUACUUCUGCGGAACAGGCCUGGAAAAAAUAUGAGCCUACAAAAUGACUGGGGAUGUAAACAAGAAACUGCCUUUGAAACACUGAAACAAGCAAUUAGCAAGAUACCUACAUUAGGCUACUACGAUGUCACAAAAAAGACCAUUGUGAUUGCUGAUGCGAGUCCUGUGGGUCUCGGUGCAGUUUUGGUACAAAUUAACAACAAUGAACCCCGAAUUAUUGCCUUCGGAAGUAGAACUCUGACUGACUGUGAAAGGAGAUACUGCCAGACUGAGAAGGAAGCACUUGCUUUGGUAUGGGCAAUAGAACAUUUCCAUAUAUUUUUAUACGGUAAACAAUUCGACCUGAUAACAGACCACAAGCCAUUAGAAGUAAUUUUCGGACCUAAGUCAAAACCCUGUGCAAGAAUAGAAAGAUGGAUUCUGCGGCUACAAUCAUACAAAUUUAAAGUCAUAUACCGACCAGGAAAAAACAAUAUUGCGGACCCAUUGUCUAGACUCAAUGACAAUAAUCUAUCUAGCGGUCAGCCAAUAGAGCACCAUAUACAGCAGAUAGUAGAGUACAUAAGACCUAAGGCUGUUUUGCUAAAAGAAGUGGCAGACCACUCGGAGAAAGAUCCGGAAAUACAAAAAGUCAAAGCCGGACUGUACCACAACAACUGGGACGAAGACGUGAAAAUAUACAAACUAUUUCAAACAGAGUUAUGUUUUUAUGAAGAAGUUCUCUUGAGAGGUACACGUAUAGUUAUUCCAAAAGAUCUUCGAAAGAAAAUCCUGGAGGCUGCUCAUGAAGGUCAUCCAGGAAUAGUCGCAAUGAAAGCCCGGUUGAGAGCGAAAGUAUGGUGGCCUAGGUAUGAUAAAGAGGCCGAGAAGCUAGUUAAAUCUUGUGCCGGAUGUACAUUGGUAUCGGCUCCAAACCCACCUAAUCCCUUAAAGCGCCGUGAACUGCCAGAUGAAGCGUGGAAAGAUGUGGCUAUAGAUUUGCUUGGCCCGUUACCCAGCGGCGAUCAUAUUCUGGUGAUAGUCGACUAUUUCAGCAGAUACAAAGAAGUCAAAAUAUGUCAAAAGAUAGACAGCUCAGAAAUGAUAAAGAAUCUCACUGAAAUUUUCAGUCGUCUUGGAGACCCAGCGACCAUCACAGCGGACAAUGGACGCCAAUUUAUAUCAGAAGAGUUUAAAACUUUCUGUACAGAAAGAGGGAUCAUAUUACACUCGACUAUCCCAUAUUGGCCACAAAUGAAUGGAGAAGUCGAGCGCCAGAAUAGAGAUAUUCUAAAGAGACUGCGAAUCAGUCAGAUAGAGAAAACAGAUUGGAAAUUAGCCUUGUUGGAAUAUCUAAGAAUGUACAAUAGCACACCACAUUCUGUCACAGGAAAAACACCCUCAGAAUUAUUUUUCAGGCGACAAUUUAGAGACAAAAUUCCCAUGAUCAGUGACUUGGGUCAAAAAGGAGAUAUAGAUUGGAAAGAUAAAGAUAUUGACAUAGAGGUGAGGGAUAAAGACAAAGAAUUGAAAGAGAAAGGAAAGGAGUAUACCGAUGAAAAAAGAAAAGCUAAGGAAUGUGAAUUGGUGCAAGGAGACAAAGUAAUAAUGAAAAAUAUGACAAAGGACAAUAAACUAAGCACACCAUUUGGACCAACAGCUCUGACUGUAGAAAAGGUGACCGGAGGGGACGUAGAGGUCGUCAACGAAGAAACGGGCCAAAGGUAUCGUAGGAACGUGGUCCAUCUCAAAAGAGUAGAUGGAGAGUGGCAGAUUAACCUGGUUAUAGAUUAUUGA